AUGGAGUCCAGACAGACAGAACUUUGGGUUGUACUGUUUGUCACCUUUACCGCGGCCACAAUUAUCACAAUACUUCGUCUGCUAAGUCGAAGACUCAAAAGGCUUCCACUCUCUUGGGAUGAUUACUUUGCCCUCUGCGGCUUUGCUAUCUCGGUUGGUUGGAUAAUUAUUGUCCCCUAUUGGGUCAAUCACGGUCUCGGACUCCAUGUUACUGAUAUCGUUGCUACUAAGGGCAUAACGCUAGAAGAUAUAUUGUUCGAAGGGAAAUUGCUGCUGUUUAUCGCCGAGCUUUUCUACGCCUUCGGUCUAUUCUUCGCCAAAGUUUCUAUUUUGAGUCUGUACUGGCGUAUGUUCAACCUUACGAAUAUCCGACUUCCGAUACAAAUUUUGUUUGGAUGUUCCUUCGUUUGGAUUAUUUUCCGAAUCUUUAUGGGUAUCUUUCACUGUGUCCCUGUCGAGGCAUUCUGGGAUUCCAAUGCGGGCGGAUACUGUGCUAUCGAGGAUAAAAAGUUUUUCUUCGGUACUACUCUUGUUCACGCGGCUAUCGAUAUUGCGAUUUUGAUCCUACCAAUGUGGCAGAUUUCACAGCUACAACUGCCCUUACUGCAAAAGGCUGGCAUUAUGAUUAUGUUCACUUUUGGCUUUUUUAUUUGUGCGGCAGCUAUUAGGUUGAUAGUAGCCGCUAGAGUGCUCGACGAUAAAUCACCCGAUCUGACAUGGAAUAUCUGCGAAAUAGUUAUUUGGGCAACUGUAGAGGUCAACCUGAUCAAUGUUUCUGCUUCCCUCCCUGUAAUUCGACCGGCGUGCACGUAUAUCUUCACCUGUACAAACCCACGAACACGAACCGAGGCUAGCUCAGAAAGUUACAUACACUCUGACGGUCGAAGCCGAACCAAGCCUUCAAUCCGACUCGAUACCCUCAGGAAAUCCUCUGCCCACGACGAGUCUAGCUCAACACACCAGCUCGCCGGCUCAGACGGCGGCGAUGGCCGCGGCUCAGGAUCCGACUUUGAAAGUCACACAAUGAAUCGACUUCGAUCAGCCGGCAAUGGCUAUACAUCAACUGUUACGGAACCAAGUGCCUUCCAGCAGGGCGUGCAUGACACACUGGGCUGUGAUACGAGGCCAUCUCGAUGCUGUGCGGGAACAUGGUCCAUCUCGUCAGUAGUCCCAACCAGUGCGAUCCAGAACAGCAGCAACAGCGUACAGAACUCCUUUGUCACGGUUACGAGCGCCGUAGUGUCUGCCACCACGAAGACGGUUGUCUCUGAAACAACGACUUCGGAGAGUGCUUCCGACACGUCCAGCGGCGCUUCUAAUGAGAGCAGCGCGACGGACAGCGCAUCUUCUUCGGCUACAGAUAGCGGAAAUGCUGAUCCAAAGGCCCAAAUGAGCGUUGGACUCAUUGGUACAGCCACGCCUGCGCUGUAA